AUUGAUAGGCAGCAAUUUGAAGAGACUGUCCGUACACUGAAUAAUCUGUAUGCAGAAGCCGAGAAACUUGGGGGCCAAUCUUACCUUGAGGGCUGUCUCGCCUGCCUGACUGCCUAUACCAUCUUCUUGUGCAUGGAGACACAUUAUGAAAAGGUUCUAAAGAAAAUUGCCAAGUUCAUUCAGGAACAGAAUGAGAAGAUCUAUGCGCCUCAGGGCCUCCUUCUGACAGAUCCCAUUGAAAGAGGACUAAGAGUUAUUGAAAUUACCAUUUAUGAAGACAGAGGUAUGACCAGCGGAAGAUAAAACUGUGGCGUCUCGGAUGGCUCAACAGUGGACUUGCUGUACCGAAGUUCCCCUACCUCCUACUUUAGAGCAUCAUUCCUUUCUCUGCUGCCAGAUCCACAGUGCCAUCUACUACAAGGACUAACUUCCUAAAACUGCUCCACAUGGGGUGACCUAGCUGAUCAGCAUCCAUUUUUGUGGCAAACUUUUAAGCAAUGAGAUCACUUUUACAGUUGUUCGUGCUUCCCCCUCAAGAAAAAGGAGAAGUGGUAAAGCUAUGGACUCCUCUGAAAGAAAUGGGACGCUUGACCGAAAAGAAGUCUAGUUUUAGUCACAGUGCUGUUCCUCCCUAAUUCUUAAACUCUUCUGUACGUCAGUCAGGCUUUGGAAAGCU